AAAAACCUGGGACUCCAAAGAAAUGCAAUAUAAGUGACUACCAAGCAACUUCCGUCUACCGCCGCGAAAAUGGAUUUUAAUGAAACACGAAACAUAACGGAUUGCGAAAACUUCAUAAUGCCCGAGAGUCCUUUGAGAAACCCGUAUUUCCAAGGAUCAGUCUAUUCCAUGUACGUCCUUAUAUUCGUAGUAGCUUUCGUAGGAAACAGCUUCAUCUGCUACGUGGUGGUAUCAUCUCCGAGAAUGCACACCGUGACAAAUUUUUUCAUCAUGAACCUGGCUGUUGGUGAUAUGCUCAUCAUUGUCCUUUGCGUUCCUUUCACGUCUGUUUCGCUCAUGCAGCAAUACUGGCCUUUUGGUGGAAUAUUGUGUCCUGUAGUGAAUUACUCCCAAGCUUUAUCAGUGUUCAUUAGCGCGUAUACUUUAGUGGCAAUUAGUAUUGACAAGUACAUGGUGAUUAUGUGGCCGCUGAAACCGCGGAUUACCAAAGGGUUUGCUAUUUCCAUGAUCGCUCUAGUCUGGAUGAUUGCAGGAACGACUGUUCUCCCCUCUGCCUUCUUCGCAAAAAUCAUUCAACCAGAUUACCCCUAUGUGGAUUGUGACAGAUAUAUCUGCCGUGAAGAUUUCUCAAGGAUCGGACAGGAGUACGAAGUACUUUACUCGAAAAUUUUGAUGGUUUUUCAAUACGUUAUCCCAUCCAUUGUGCUGAUUUUCACAUACACCAGUAUCGCAGUUGUUAUUUGGUGCCAUAGAAUUCCCGGGGAAGCUGAGAAUUCGCGAGAUAUGAGGAUUGCAAAAUCAAAGAGGAAGGUAGGUGGUGAAAUGAAUAUUUCCACAAAUGAAUGUCAGAAGUAAAUAGGUACGACUUUCAUUUCACUCAUCUUCAA